AUGGAAUUGUCUGCCAAUAAAUCUCAAAACAAAGAAAAUAACAACCCUGUCCUAGUGCCCACUCAAUAUGAAAUCAUGUAAAAAGAAGGUAUCUUUGCCAAAACCAAACCAUCCCCCCAUCAUAGAUUCUACUAUAGAAAACAAAGGCAAUCGGUCGUUUAACCUAUUCAGAAUCCCAUCAUCGGCCAUUCCAACAGUUCCUAAUCCAUCUACAAGGACAUCGAGAAGAUCGCCAAACAAUUACAAUCUCAGCAUAUUUAAACCAUGACUCAAUUCAACUUCACCCAGCCUCUCAAAGAAAGACACCCAACCUAAUAUUCCAAUCCCCCAAACCAAUAAGUUACUGAGGUCUUGGAGAUGUUUGAUAAAGAAAACCUAAUGAAAAUUCAGUAAAUCAAGCCAUACACCCCAAGAAGACCCCUCGCUCAAUACCUUAACUCUAAAUUACCCGCGUUGAACUAGGACAACGCAAGCAAUGAUCAGGAGAACAGUGAAAAGGCAACUCCUCUUCUUAAAAAUAAGUUAUUAUUCAGAAGAACUAUUAAUCCUUCUUUGGAUAAAAUUAAAAGAAACACCUAACCAGAAGUUGAAGUUAGACAUAAGAGAGUAAUCUCUUAGAUCUUAAGUCACCCUGUAAAUUAAAAUUAGCCAAAGAAUCUCAAUGCCAAGCUAAACAAGGUUCUGAAGAACAAGAAUAAAAUUAUGUCUAUUUGCAACAAAAUACCAAACAUACAGGAAUUAAUAGGCGAAGAACAACUAUCGGAUCUAAUUAAUUCUGAUCAAUUUAAAAUUGAAUUUCAACAUUUUAUUAAUAAUUCACAAGGUUCUCCUUAAGAUAUGGAACAAAUAUUAUAGAAUUUUAUGAUUGACCAAAUAAGAAAGACAAAAGAGUUACAAGAGGCCGAAACCAAUUUAAAAGAAAAAAGGUAGAUUUUCUAGAGAUCUCUGACCAAUUAUAUAUAGGAACUUAAGGAAAAAUUAUGA